UCCACGUUUUUCUAAAAUUCAAGAUUCGAAAUUAGGGUUUUGGUUGAAAAGGGGAAACCAUGAAUCCAUUAACGCUAUUGAAGCGAUUACAGAACAUCAACGCAAAAGAAGCAGAUGUAGGAAUAUCGGAGGAAGCAUCAUGGCACGCCAAGUACAAAGAUUCCGCUUACAUCUUUGUUGGUGGUCUCCCGUAUGACCUCACCGAAGGUGAUCUCCUUGUUUGCCCAAUAUGGAGAAGUUGUAGACGUCAAUCUUGUUAGAGAUAAGGGUACGGGGAAAUCGAAAGACUUUGCAUUUAUUGCGUUUGAGGAUCAGAGAAGUACAAUUCUUGCUGUAGAUAACCUUAACGGGGCACAGAUUUUGGGUCGAAUUUUAAGGGUUGAUCAUGCUGAAAAGUAUAAGAAGAAAGAAGAAGAAGAACAAAAGAAGAGGGAGGCCCGAGGGGUUUGUUACGCUUUCCAGAGAGGUGAAUGUACCCGAGGAGCAGGAUGUAAAUUUUCACAUGAUGAGCAAUAAUCACGAACGGGCACUAUUCAAGGUCCAGAUGAAUUGAAAGAAUGCAUUGCUCAUCAGGCCUGGAAGCACCGGCCAAAAGAGAGCUGCAAACACCGGUUGGGGCCCUCAAGAUAAAAGCUCGAGAUGGGGAAAUGACAAAUUUGAGGGUUCAAAAAAGA